AUGGAGAAGAAGAGAGGACAUGUAUUGGCAGUGCCAUAUCCAACACAAGGACACAUCACACCAAUCCGUCAAUUCUGCAAACGUCUUCAAUCCAAAGGUCUCGAAACCACUCUCGCCCUCACAACUUUCAUCUUCAACUCCAUCAAACCUGACCCGUCUGGUCCAAUCUCCAUAGCCACUUUCUCAGACGGCUACGACCAAGGCCGCUUCAACUCAGCUGAUCCCAUCCACGUCUACCUCCAAAAAUUCAAAAUCUUCGGAUCCAAAACCAUUGCCGACAUCAUCCGCAAGCAUCAGACUACUGAUAACCCCAUCACUUGUCCGUCUACGAUGCUUUCUUGCCUUGGGCACUCGACGUUGCCAGAGAGUUUGAUUUAG